AUGGCCGACACCACAGAAACCAUGGACAUUGACCAGCCCGACGUCGCGACUGACGCCAAGCCGACCGACAGCAACGACGCGCGCACCCAGGCCGGCGCGACAGCUGUGCGCUCCAUCGAAGGCUGGAUCAUCAUUGUCACCAAUGUGCACGAGGAAUGUACCGAGGAGGAUCUCCAGGACAUGUUUGGCGAGUUCGGUACGAUCAAGAAUCUGCACAUGAACUUGGACAGGAGGACGGGUUACGUCAAGGGCUACGUGCUCAUCGAGUAUGCCACUCUGGAAGAAGCGAACGCCGCUAUCAAGGGCGCCAACGGCGAAGAGCUCCUCGAGCAAAAGGUUACCGUCGACUUCGCCUUUGUACGACCACCGCCAGCCAGCAAAGGACGGGCGCGCGACCACGACAGGCGCCAAAGCGGACGCGGGGCUGGAAGGGCCAGGAGCAGGAGUCCUGGACGUGACGGAGACGAUAUGGACGACGAGUAA